AUGUAUCUGCGGCUCUUCAGCCUGCCCUGGUUAAAGCCGGAGCAGGUCUGUAUCAGUGUCACCGACGUGCUAUUCAUGGGAGAAUGGCCAAGAAUCUUCUACGGUGCGAUCGAGCACGGGAACAGCUUGCACCUCUACUACAACGUGGUGAGCUUCAUCUGGAAGGGCAUAAAUCUCGAAGAAAAGAUGCACACUGUCCCUUUCUUCUGCGUCGUCUGCCUGCUUACCGCGCUCACUGGCGUCUUCAAAGUCGGCCUCAACUACUUUCUAGGUACCCAUGUCGACGCCAUAUUUUACAAAUGCUGCAUAAUCGGCUUCUCUGGCGCCAUCUUCGCGAUCAAGUUACUCGACAACGUCAAGUAUCCCGCUCAAAGUCGUAAUAUAUUCGGCAUCACCGUAACCCUGCCGUCAGGGUAUGCAGUGUAG